AUGGCGCUGGUCAGAUUGUCAGGUGUAUUUAGCCAAAUUUCAAAGUCUAAUUCAAAGUUUUUAAGAUGCACCGGUAUAAGCAGAAAAUUUUCAAAUGCCCCAAAAGAAAACAAACACUUAAAAUUAAAAAAAGUAGAUGAUGUUUAUGUUGUAACAAUUGAUAAUGUUGGCUCGAAAAUGAAUGUUCUUAAUAACGAAGUAAUGGAAGAAUUUCAGUCACUUAUUCCUGCAGUUCAAAAUGAUCCAUCAAUUUCAUCAGUGGUUUUAAUAUCAGGGAAACCAAAUGUAUUCAUAGCGGGAGCAGACAUAGAUAUGUUAGCAGCUGCUAAAACUAAGGAAGAAAUAGUGCAAAUUUCAAAAUCAGGUCAAAAGAUUUUACAGCUCAUUGAAGACUCUAAGAAACCUUUUAUUGCUGCGAUUAAAGGUUCCUGUUUAGGAGGUGGAUUAGAAGUAGCCUUAGCUUGUCAUUAUAGACUAGCAAUGAUGGAUAAAUCUACAAAACUUGGGUUACCUGAAAUCAAGUUAGGGUUAUUACCAGGUGCAGGAGGUACUCAGAGAAUGCCCAAGCUUGUUUCACUUCCUAAUGCUAUUGAAAUGUGUUCAAGCGGCAAAGAAGUGAGAGCUGACAGAGCGAAAAAAAUGGGAUUGAUUGACAUGGUAGUUAAGCCCCUAGGACCUGGACUUAAGCCAGCUAAUGACAGAUUUUCAUAUUUGGAAGAAGUAGCUGUUUUCAUUGCCAAAAAAAUUGCAUCUGGAGAAAUAAGCCUGGAUAGGGAAUCCAAAAAAGGAACCAUUCAAAAACUAACCGAUUCAGUUAUGGGAAUAGGUUUUGUAAAAAAUUUAAUUUUUAAUAAAGCUAGAGAACAAAUUACAAAGGCAACCAAAGGAUUUUAUCCAGCUCCUCUUAAAGCUUUAGAGGUUAUUAAAAAAGGUGUAGAAAAUCCUGAAGAAGGAUUUCAAGCAGAAGCCGAAGCUUUUGGAGAAUUGGCCAUGACCCCACAAUCAAAAGGUUUAAUUGGACUUUAUUACGGAAUGAAAGCUUGUGAGAAAAAUCGAUUUGGAGCUCCUCAAAAAGAAGCAAACUCUAUAGCGGUAAUUGGUUCCGGUCUGAUGGGAGCAGGUAUAGCACAAGUUACGGUAAAUAAAAAAAUUCCUUGCGUCAUGAAAGAUGUUAAUGAAAGUGGAUUGCAACGAGGUUUGGCACAAAUACAAAAAAAUUUUGCAACUGCUGUGAAAAGAAAACAAUUGUCUACAAUGGAUCGCGCCUUGUAUUUGAGUCAUCUUUACCCUACUCUUUCUUACGACAGAUUAAAAGACGUAGAUUGUAUAGUAGAAGCUGUAUUUGAAGACUUAAAUAUUAAACACAAAGUUAUUAAAGAAAUCGAAGCUGUGGUGCCUCCUCAUUGCGUUAUCGCCACCAAUACCAGUGCUAUUCCUAUCAGCAAAGUUGCUGAAGGCAGUAGGAAUCCGUCUAAAGUUAUAGGUAUGCAUUACUUUUCUCCCGUUGAUAAAAUGAUGCUACUGGAAAUUAUAGCAACCAAACAAACAUCAAAAGACACGUGUGCUGUAGCUGUUGAUGUGGGCCUGCGGCAAAAAAAAUUAGUUAUUGUAGUAGGUGAUGGUCCUGGAUUUUAUACGACAAGAAUUUUGAGUGCAAUGUUGGCGGAAGCUCUUCGGCUUUUACAGUUAAAAAUUAUUAAAUUUAUUUUUUUUUUACAGGAAGGAGUUGAUGUAGUAUCACUAGAUAAACUGACUGAAAAAUUUGGAUUUCCUGUAGGUUGUUCUACGUUGGUCGAUGAAGUUGGUAUAGAUGUUGCCAGCCACAUUGCUGUUGAUUUAAGCAAAGCUUUUGGUACACGAUUCGGAGGAGGUGAUCCAAACAUUUUGAAAGAUUUGGUCAAUGCUGGAUUUUUGGGUAGGAAAUCAGGGAAAGGAUGUUUUGUUUAUGGAACUGGACAAAAAGUAAAACCUGUGAAUUCAGAUGCUGUUACUAUAUUAGAAAAAUACAAAACGACUCCUCCAGCACCUUUAGUAGAUGAAGAUAGUCAAAUGAGAUUAGUAGGUCGUUUUGUUAAUGAAGCCGUUCUGUGCCUUCAAGAAAAUAUUCUAGAUAACCCGACUGAAGGAGAUAUUGGUGCAGUUUUUGGAUUAGGCUUUCCACCCUUUACGGGAGGUCCCUUCCGAUGGUUGGAUACAUACGGAUGUGACAAAUUCGUUAGCCAAAUGGAAAAAUAUGCGGCUCUUUAUGGUGAAUCUUUUAAGCCAUGUCAAUUAUUAUUGGAUCACUCAAAGGAUUCUUCAAAGAAGUUCCAUAAAAGGUAA